AUGAAAGCUAUAGGUUUUAUGAGAUCAGUAUUCCAGUUUAAAAAUGGUACACCAAGACAAUCUUUUAUUUGUCCCCAGGCUCGGGGCAGUAUUACUAUAGAUAAAACAGUUUAUAACAAUCCACAUCAUAGUUUAGAGGGUUUACAAGAAUACUCACAUGUUUGGAUACUGUUCAUUUUCAAUCAAAAUAACAGUACAUUUAAUCGAGCUAAAGUUCGGCCUCCGCGAUUGGGAGGAGAAAAGCUGGGGAUAUUCGCCACACGUUCACCUUAUAGAUUUAAUCCCAUUGGUCUUACACUGGCUAAACUGGACGAGGUCAAAGAUGACACACUCUAUGUAUCUGGUAUUGAUAUAUUAGAUGGUACACCAAUAGUAGAUAUUAAACCUUAUAUACCAGACUAUGAUAACCCUAACCUACAUCAACCUGAAAAUAUCUUACACCAGUCUGGAAAUGAUCCACAGUUGGAGGCAAAUGUUAUUUUAAACAACCCAGAGAAUGCCGUAGAACAGACUGAAGUAUGUCAAAAUAUUUUGAAUCCAAAUACAGGUGAAAAAACAGUUGCCAGUUCCCAGUGUGAAAAUGAGCAGAGCUCUAAAGAUUUAAUGAAAGAAGUCCUAACUUAUAAUGUACAAACUCAAACUCAGUCUUCAGAAGACAUAGAUCCUCAAACAAAGUGUAACUGCCAAUGUCACAGUGAAAGAGAUUCUUUAGAAGCACAUGAAGUAGUUGACUGUGAGGAGGAGGUAACUCCUUCAAUCUUAAAUAAUCAGACCACAAUUAAAACAGCUAAAUGGUUAGAUAGUAAAAGACAUGACAAACUCACUGUUCACUUUACAGAAAAUUCCUUAAAUCAAAUGAACAGUUUUUCUAAGGAUGCCAGUUCAGAGAAAUUCAGGUUGAAAUAUCUUGUGGACUCUACAGAAUUAAGAAAUUCUAUUCAAAUAGUGUUAGAAAAUGACCCCAGGUCAAUUUACCGAAAACAGAAUCCUCAUGGCCAGCUGUAUGCUUUUACUGUAGAUGUAGUGGACAUUACUUGUUGGAUUGAUGGGAACAAGGUAGAGGUUCUCAGAGUCAGACCUAUCUCUGAGUUUAUUCAGUCAAAAAUAAAAUAA